CUUUUUAAAUAAACUCAACAUAACCUUAUUUUUUCACACGAGUUGUAUCUAUAUCUAAUCAUUUUAUGGUAAAGAUGGUAAAAAGUAAAGGGAUACUAGCCGAAAAAUCUGCAAGUUCCAAGAAAGUUAAGAAAAAAUUUAGCAAGAACAGUUCCUUCAGCGGUGUCGAGUCGAAGAAAUCUCCAAUAAAAAGGAGAAAAUCUAUUGCCGCAGUACUUCCCACACCCUUGAAAAAGAAAAAAGAGGAAAACGUGAACGAAUGGACAGUCAGUGAAAGUGGUACUAAAGAUACUUUGGUUGAGAGAAAACAACUAGUAAUAACCCAUUUGACAGAUGAUGUGAAAAAAAAGACGUCUUCGUUAAAAACUCCGAAAAUCAAAAAGAAACCCUCCGACUCUCUUGUUUCUGUGAGUGAGAAAAAGGAGAAACUCUCCGACUCUAUUGUUUCUGUGAGUAAGAAAAAGAAAUCGGCCAAAAAAUCCUUAAAUUUAACUAAACAAAAAGUUUCAAAUGUGGAAAAGAACACCGUCAAAGUGCAAGACAAUUCAAUUGGCGAUAAUGAAAUUGACUCGGAGCAGAAGUUUGGCAUUGAAGCUAAAAAUAUUGCCAAAGCGGUAGAAACUAUUAUAAAACUUCGUAGAGAAAAUCCUAAGAUACAGAAUCAACUGUUUGAUGAUCCUAUCGAGAUAUACCUGCAGGUGUGCUGUCACAAGGUGCCCCGAGGUCCUUCUAGAAUAAUCAGAAUACCACUACCUAAUUCGCUAUUAACCCCAGACGAUGAGGUGUGCCUUAUUGUCCCUGAAGUGAAAGGCGUUAAAAACAUAGAACAUGAAAAACACAUCGAACACUACGAAAACCUACUUCGAACAAAAGGAGUCGAGAAUAUCAAGAAAAUUAUGACAUUCCAUCAGCUUCGAACUGAACAUGAAACGUUUGAACAAAUGUUGAGGCUCGUAGAUCUGUACGACGCAUUUUUAGUUGACGGUAGAAUAAGCGGAAAAGUGGUAAAAAAGUGUGGGAAAAUAUUUUAUAAAAAACGUAAGGUACCCACAUCGGUGAAAUUGCAAGCUACAAAAUUAAAGGAACAUAUCGAUAAAGCGUUAUCGAAAGCAUUCUUCCUUCUGCAUCUGAAAGGCGAUAGCUACAGCGUUCAAUUCGGUCACGAUAAAAUGGAAACUCAGGACCUCGUGGAUAACGUAUUCGCUACGAUCGAAUGUUUAAACAAAGAAUUUCCAGGGGGAUUCGAAAACAUCAAGGGGUUACACAUUUCUGCUGCGAGAGCUACGUCUAUCCCCAUAUACUCGUCAUUCAAGAUUCCGAAAGAAGUGGUACUACCAAAUAUAAAAUCCAAGAAACCGAAAGCUUACAAGACAUACAAAGGUGAGUUAACGACGUUACCGAACGCCGAAGUCACAGUGAAACCAACGGGACAGGUGAUCGUGAGAAGGACAAUGGAAGAGGACGAUGCGGGUGAGGGGAAUAACGCUGAGAACGGGAGCAAGAAGAAGGAAGGUAAAGGCAAGAAAACUAAGAAACGGAAGCGGAGUAAAGAUGUAUCCAUAGAAGUUAGUGAGAAUGGUGAAGGAAGUAAUGUUGAAGUUGAAAGCAAGAAAAGUGAAGGUAAAAGCAAGAAAGCUAAGAAACGGAAGCAGAUUGAAAAAGUUUCUGUAGAAGUUAGUGAGAAUGGCGACAUAAGUGAUGUUGAAGUUGAGAGCAAGAAAAGUGAAUGUAAAAGCAAGAAUGCUAAGAAACGGAAGCAGAUUGAAAAAGUUUCUGUAGGAGCUAGUGGUAAUGUUGAAGAAAAUUCUGAAGCAAAUUUUAAUGGAAAUGUUAAAAGGGUGAAAAAAAUAAAAGUAAAUGGAGUGAAUUCUAAUGUGGAAAAACGGAGGAAGCAAGAAGUCGAUAACAAGAAAGAUGUAAAACUUGAAACAAAGGUGAAGAAAUCAAAAGGAGUUGUAGAUGUAAAAAAGAAAGGAAAGAAAAACAAGAAGGUUAAGAAUCAACCUUAGACUUUUAAAAAUUUGUUUGACAUAAUUUAAAAUAAAUAAUUUAAAAUAAAAAGUGAUUUUAUUUCAUAUCCAGUAUAUUUAAAAUAAAUAUUUCGUAAAUACAAAUAUUUUAUUUCUACUUAAGCUCUAUAGUCCACCAAAUCACACUUGGAGAAAAAAAAAAUUGUUACUUGGACUUUAAUAAGUGGAAAUGGUAAAAGGGCUUAUAAUAAACCUAAAAAAAAU